CGAUCGGUGGUACUCGUGUCCGCGCGAACUCUGAUUCCCAACGUCCUGUCGAACGACCCGCGUGUUCUUUUUUCUCAAGUUUCGUUCGUAUGUUUCGCGCGUGUGUUGCCUUGUGAACUGAGCCCGUUUGAGGCGUAUUGUAGAACGGUCGUUGUGAGAAAACCGCCAAGAUUCGGGUGAAGAAUCGUGAGCCGGUGCCGGCGUACGCCAUGGCCGACGCCGACCGUGACUCGGACUUGGGCGACGACAGUCCCGUGGUAUGCUUUCAGCCUUCUAGCUUCAAGUUUCCUAACUUAAAUUCAUCCGCCCGGUCCGAAGGCGAGUCUUCAGGAGAACAAUCGUGCGAGAGCUCAGACGAGGGAGUCGGUCGAGAUGCGCCAGCGCAUCAGCCUCUGCCCCCACACCAGCCCCACCAGCCCCACCAGCCGCAUCAGCUCAAUACGCACCACGUCAAUCAUCAGCAGAUAAAUAAUCAUAUUAAUCACCAACAUCAGAGGAAUUCACCUAGACCGCAUGAGGUUUUGAAAGUACGAGACGACUUCGAGUCUCUUAAAACCUCGCUGCAUCCUCACCUCUCGUCACUAGCUUCACUGGCCCAAGGAGCGCCACUGUCUACACCGAACAGCGUGUUUGCCCUUGCAAGCGCGGGGGCCGCGGGAGGCUUUCCUUAUGCCCCUCCCGCAUUCCUCGCCCCCGCGCCGCCGCCACCUGCGCAGCCAGCUGGGUCUGCAUCGUCCUCGUCAUCGGAAGGUAGCGCCGCUGGAUGGAGCUUCGAAGAACAGUACAAGCAGGUCCGUCAGUUGUACGAAAUCAGCGACGACCCUCAGAGGAAGGAAUUUCUCGACGACCUCUUUUCCUUCAUGCAAAAAAGAGGCACUCCGAUAAACCGGCUGCCUAUAAUGGCGAAGUCGGUGCUCGAUCUGUACGAGUUGUACAACCUGGUGAUAGCCAGAGGGGGCUUGGUAGAGGUCAUCAAUAAGAAACUCUGGCAAGAGAUUAUCAAGGGGCUGCGGCUUCCCUCCUCUAUUACAUCUGCCGCCUUUACUUUGCGAACUCAAUACAUGAAGUACCUAUACGAUUACGAGUGUGAGAAGAAGAAUCUAUCGACUCGCAGUGAACUGGAUGCAGCUAUCGAAGGCAAUAAACGUGAGGGACGUCGUGCUUCCGGACAGUAUGACGCACAAGCGGCACUUGCAAUGAAUUACUUCCAGCCGCCCCUUAACCGGGUACCAGCUUCCCUCGCACAGCUGUCUCAACAUAUGCAGCCGCUGUCACUUUCAUUGGGCGGUGGAGUGGCCGGGGUGCCGCGCCUGCCACCAUUGCCGCCGCACGCGCCUCAUCUCUCACAACAUGACAUUGAAUACCGCGUUCGGGAGUACAUGAAGAUGAUACAACAGCAGCGAGAGCUGAUAAGGAAUGGAUCUGAAUCACCACCCGGCAUCAAUGGGCCGACCCCAAUGAUGUCGCCACGCGACGCUGCCGCGCUCAGUGCCAUCGAUGUCUCCCGCUUGACGCUCUGGUCCCUUUACAACAACAAUAACAACAACAACAGCCCACAGACUGAAAUCGAGCCACAACGAGAAGCUCUGAAUCUAAGCGAGAGUCCAAACAGCUUAAGCGGCGGAAUCAAACGUGAAGCGUGCCGUUCACCUCCACCCCCCGCAAAACGACGCACACCUCGCCCUCCGUCGCCCCGCGCUCCUUCCCCAUCGCGCCCAUCUAGCCUGCCUGCGCAGACGCACUCACAAAUCAACGGAGGCAAUACGAAUGGUGUCAAUGGCGCUGCUUUUAAAAUUACUACUAGAGGAGAUGCAAGCACAGGCGAUCAACAGCUCGUCGUAUCCAUAGAACUAAACGGCGUCACCUACGAAGGCGUUCUCUUUCCCUCUCAAAAUGGUAGCGGCCAAAAUGGCCAUAGGCAGAUGGUAUCUUAAACAUUUCACAAUUAUCAUUAGGAGUUUUAAGUUUUUAGUCCCGUGCAUCUAACUUUCGUCUUUUGGGAGAUGUAGACACAAAAUAAACGUCUAAUUUCACAAAUUUUCCAAGUGUCUUAUUUCUCUUUAGCUCAAGUUUUUAAAAUAUUUUAACAAAGCGAGUUGGCAGAAUAGAGAAAAUAUUUGCUUGGGAAAUUUUGUUACGAAAAUCAUUAAUAGGUACAGUACUUUUUGUCUAGAAUUUUAUUGUCAUCUUUGGAGAUUACUCUCUCGAAAUGUGAUCAUCAGAGACAAAAUCUAUGGUUAUCAUUUGUGUCAAUGUAACCAACCAGUGUUCAAAAUUUAUAAAAAAUAUUUCCAUCGCCCUCUGGUGAUCAUUGAUAAAACAAUGAUCGUCGAUAACAGCUAAAAAUUUCAUUAUCAUAAUUUUUACAUGUAACAUGUUUUAUUAUUUGAGCUAAGUACAAAAUUCAUCACGCGGUCUAACGUUAGAAUUUGUUUUUAAAUGUGAUUAAGUUUUUUACAAUUUUAAAUUUUAGUUUGAUAAAUUUCACUGCCUAAAACGAACGUGGAAUUAUUUGUUAAAAAUAAUUUCCAAAUACCCAUAAUUGUGGAUUUUUUAGAAUAUAAUUUUAAUACAUUUUUUAUAUUGAGUCAUGCGUAUGACUUUGUAAAUAUAGUUUUAUGUUAUUUAUAAUUUUGAUAUGUGGAAAACCCGUGUGAUAAAAGUUGACAGCGUGUUUGUUUUUUUUUGUAUGCUGUACAUUUGUGUAAAUAGAUUCGUGUAUUAUUUUUGUGCGUGUAUCGUUUUAUACACCAUCAAGUAUGUUUGUGAUUUAGGUAGCUUUUUAGAAGGUGUACAUUUGUUCUAUGACUUCAGUAUUGUAUUUAGAAUGUAGGUAUUUAUGUAGUCGCUUAAAAUAAUGUUUUCUUUGAUAGUAAAGUGAAUUAAUCCACAAAACGUGUCCGAAACGUGAAAUGUCGUUUAACUUAUUCGAAUUUCAAUUCGAAUGACACAAUGUGACGACAGCACUAUUAUGACUGUGUUACAAAUUAACGGCUUCAUUUUAACGGUCAAAGAAA